AUGUCGUCUAUGCGCAACGCCGUGCAACGGCGACAGCACCGUGAACGAGGGCAGCUCGACAAUCGAGCGAAAUGGGGAAUUCUCGAAAAACACAAGGAUUACUCCCUACGAGCCAAAGACUAUAACCUCAAAAAACAAAAACUCGGACGCUUGCGUGAGAAAGCGCAAGACCGCAACCCCGAUGAAUUCGCCUAUGGCAUGCUCUCAGACCAAAAUGCGCGGCAGGGUAGACAUGGUGCGCGCGACACGGAAGCGUCGUCGCUGAGCCAUGAUACAGUCAAGUUGCUCAAGACGCAGGACGCUGGAUAUUUGAGGACGGUGGGGGAGAGGGUGCGACGAGAAGUAGAAAGAUUGGAGAAGGAGGUGCAGUUGCAAGACGGAAUGGCACAGGUAUUGGGAGAUGACAAGACGACUCGGCGUGGGCAAGAGGAUGAAGAUGACGAGGAUUUGGAUGAUCUGCUCGCUAGCGCCGCGAAGAGACGAAAGAUUAUUUUUGCAGAGAGUCAAGAAGAUCAAAAGAAACUUGGGGGCUUACUUGACGACAGCGAAGACGAAGAGAUGAGCGAUGAUGAUGAAGAGGAUGACUCGUUCGGAAAACGACAGCAGCAACAAGAAAAUAAAACAAAGCAGCCAUCGAAAAAACAGCUCGAGGCUGAACGGCUCGCUCUGUCGCAAAAACGGGCUGCAAGAAAGCUCAAGCGACGCGCUGCAGAGGGUCGAGUCAGGAGACUCGCAGCAUUGAAGAAGCAACACGCUGAGAUUUCAACGGCCGAAAGACAGCUAGAGCUGCAGCGUGCUCGUAUGACCAACUCCAUUGGAGGUGUCAACAAAAACGGCGUCAAGUGGAAAGUAAAAGAGCGAAAGAGGUGA